AUGAAGAACGACGAACAAGUAGCUGUGGUUGACGAGAAGUCGUCACCACAGUACCUACAUGACAAGGAGAACUCCCACAGUGAUGAAAGUGGAGUUGAAGUCGGCGAAAUCGAGACCACCAAAAGAGGUCUGAAGGCCCGACAUGCUCAAAUGAUUGCUCUUGGUGGCACUAUUGGUAAGUCUUGAUUUCCAUAAUUUUCUAGCCCAACACUGUAAAGAACAGAGCUAUGACGGAAAGACUCGCACGGUUGUAACGAUAUUGUGAACAAUACAGAGCAAUCAAUUGUUGUGUCUCUUCGUCAUCCCAAGUCAAAUAUGGCUGGCUUCUCUUUAUAAUACUGAUCAAGUUCACAGGUACUGGGUUGUUCGUUGGCAGCGGAAACACUCUAGCGACUGGAGGACCGGCCUUCAUCCUCACGGCAUACAUACUUCUUAGUAUUUUAGUGCUCUUUGUCGUUACUGGAAUCACAGAAGUCGCCGCAUAUCUCCCCGUCUCUGGAGGUACAAUGUCAUAUUAUGGCCAUCGAAACGUUUCAAACUCGCUCGGAUUCGCCAUGGGCUGGCUAUACUUCUACUCUCUCGGCAUAUUAGUCCCUUAUGAGAUUACUGCUGCUGGUCUCGUCAUUGAUUAUUGGGAUUCACCUGUCAAUAUCGGUGUCUGGAUCACAAUUUUUAUCAUCGUCAUCGUUGGUCUUAACACGCUGCCUGUCCAAUACUAUGGCGAGACCGAGUUUUGGUUUGCCUCGUUGAAGGUCUUCAUGAUGAUAGGACUUCUUAUUCUGUCAUUCAUCCUCUUUUGGGGUGGUGGACGUAGGUUUACCCAACAAUCUUGUUGAAAUUAGUAACGCGCAUUCACUAAACUACUUCGCAGCACAUCAAGACGGUAUUUUGGGAUUUCACUAUUGGAAAGACCCAGGAGCUACAACGACAUACUUGAGGAGUGGAGGAACUGGUACAUUCAUCGCAUUUUGGAAAGUAAUUGUACUGUCGGCAUUCCCUUUCACAUUUGCACCCGAAUUAUUGGUCGUUACCGGUGGUGAAAUGAAGUCUCCCAGACGCAACCUUCCAAAAGCAGCAAAACGAUACUUCUACCGAUUGGGUAUGUAUUUCUCCUGUGCCGAGCUCGAUUGCGCCAAACUAUGCAGAUAAAUGAUGCAGUAUGACAAAAAUAAAUGCUAACUUUGGGGGCCAAUGUCCAGUAUUCUUCUAUAUUGGAUCAGUUUUGGCUAUUGGUGUUAUAUGCCCAUCCAAUGAUGCAGCUCUAACGAGUGGUGGUGUAGGCGCAAAGAGCUCCGCUUUUGUCGUCGGAAUUACAAACGCAGGAAUCAGUGGGCUUGGAAGUGUUAUUAACGCGAUUAUCAUUACCUCCGCAUGGUCCUCAGGCAACUCCUUCCUCUACAUGUCGUCCCGAUCGCUCUACUCUCUCGCUAUCGCCGGUAAUGCCCCACCCAUCUUUAAGAAAUGCACCAAGAAGGGAGUCCCAUACAUGGCUGUCGCAGCCUCAGCGCUCUUUUCCCCGCUCGCUUAUCUCAACUGCGCAAACUCGGGAUCAGUAGUCUUCGGCUGGUUCGUCAACCUUACGAACACAUCCGGCUUUAUCUCCUGGAUCUGCUGUUGUAUCGUCUACGUUCGAUUCCGGAAAGCCGUCGCUGUUCAGAACCUCCCCAAGGAAGCAAUCCCAUACCACUCCAAGGUCCAGCCAUGGGGAGCAUGGAUCGCCAUGGUCAGCUUUACAAUCCUGACUCUGAUCAACGGAUUCGAUGUCUUCUUCCCAGAGAACUUCAACGCUAGUAGUUUCCUCACUGCUUACAUUGGAAUCCCGUUGUUCCUAAGUAUCUACGCCAUCCACCGAUUUUUGCACCGGAAUGAACCGUGGCUUAUUCCUAGCGAGGAAGUGGAUUUGCAUACGGGGAUUGAUCUCGUUAUUGCGAAUGAAAUACCUGAGACUAGGCCCGAUACUUGGCAGAAGAAGUUACAUGGUUUCUUGACUUAG